AUGGGCAACAACGAGUCAGUCCCUGAAGGUGAUCCACUGAGGAUUGUGAUGAUUGGCAAAACUGGUGUUGGGAAGAGCGCGGUUGGCAACAACAUUAUUGGCGAAGAAGUUUUUAAGUCUGCAGUGAGUUCAGAGUCGGUGACGGAGACCUGCCAAAUAGAACGAAUUAGAGAUUGCAAAAGAAAGAUCCAAGUGGUCGAUACUCCCGGCAUUCUGGAUACGUCUAAAAGUGCAGACAUCAUAAAUAAAGAGAUUGCAAAAUGCAUCCACAUGACCACACCCGGCCCUCACGUCUUCCUGCUGGUCCUUCAGAUCGGCAGGUUUACCCAAGAAGAAAACAACUCUGUGCAAGCCCUGGAGAAGCUCUUUGGACCUGAGGCAACAAACCACAUGAUCGUCCUGUUCACUCAUGGUGACAAACUGAAGAAGGACAAAAUGACCAUCAAUGACUAUUUGAAAGACGGCCAUCCGAAGCUCAGGGAGCUGUUGGCCCGGUGUGGUGAAAGGUAUCAUGUCUUUAACAACAAAGAUAAAAACAGAACUCAGGUGGCUCAUCUGAUCAGGAAGAUCGACAACAUGGUGUCAACAAACGGAGGAUCGCACUACACCGAUGACAUGUUUGAGAAGGCGCAGAAGAAUCGCGCAGCAGACGAGCUUUAUAACGAGGCCUUCAUGCUGGAGCUGCGGCAGAAAGUCAUCCUGUUCCAGCAAAUAUUAUCUAAUUCAGACGGCUGGACUGAAAACUAG